UUAUUUCAUUCCAAAAUGGAACAAAUCCCACCAAUGGCUUGUAAACAGCUAUUUGGUAAAUAGUUUCGGAACUAUCACUUCAACUCCAACGCAACUAUCGUGUGUUUCGCUUGCAAGGUAGCUGUGACUGAAAGUGUGAUACAAGAGUUAAAAUGGCCAAACGUACAAAGAAAGUUGGAGUUGUUGGCAAGUAUGGUACACGUUAUGGGGCUUCUUUAAGGAAGAUGGUUAAAAAGAUGGAAAUUACUCAACAUGCAAAAUAUACCUGUGUCUUUUGUGGAAAAGAGACCAUGAAAAGAACAUGUGUAGGUAUCUGGAAGUGCAAAGCCUGCCAGAAAACUGUUGCUGGAGGUGCUUAUGUUUACAGCACAACAGCAGCAGCCACAGUGAGAAGUGCAGUCAGAAGAUUACGAGAAAUGAAAGAGCAGUAACUGUACAGUUGUAUUUAUGUUGUUUUGCUCUGUAAAAUAAAUCUUAACAUCCGAAU